CCCACCGAAACCUCUUUCCAUCCCCAAGCCAUGAAAAUGGUCCCAUGGCGACGGCGGAUAACAAUGACCUCGUCUUUUAUCCCGCGUUUUGCUUCAAAGCUUCCCCAACCCACUUCACCUGGGUGAAGAUGGCCGCGGUGGAUGUGCUACGACUGAAAAGACGUGCAGAGUUCCAAGACCAAUCAACCUACUUCUACAACAACCACCCCAUCCGAUUCAUCUCCCUAAUUGGACUAAUAAUCGCGCGCCACGAACUCCCCACCCGAUCAAUUCUCACUCUGGAUGACAGCACCGGCGCAACCAUCGACAUAGGGACAAUCUCCACGUUCCGCAACAAAACCCAGCUACAACUCGAACGAUACUUCAUCAUCCGGGACAUAAACACUGAGAUGCGGUUCGUGGAUCAGCGGUCCCGGUUCCUGGUGGAGGUGUUGUCCGUGCCGUGGCGGUUGGGCGGGGACGAGGUGGAGAGGUUACGGGGGGAGAUGGAGGAUGAGGAGGAACUGGUGGAGGAGGAGCAGGAGCGGGUGAGGAGGCGGGAGAGGAGACGGGUGGAAAGGGAGGAGAGGGAUGCGAGGAGGAUUCAGAGGGGUUGGGAACGGGAGGAGAGGAUUAGGGCUAAGGAGGCGGGGUGUUGUAGGGAUGCCGGGGUGAGGGUGAUGAGGGAGAUUGAGAAGAGGAGGGGGGUUGGGGAGUAAUUUGAGUUAUUGAUGAUAUUUAUUUCCGAAAGGUCUGAGUACUAUUGAUACAGGGAGAAUGAAUGAAAAGAGAGCCCUGCAGGUUUGGGCUUGGUUACAUCAUUAAGGGGUUCAUGGGUCAUGGGUCAUGGGUCAUGUCAUAAGAAGAGACGAGACAGUUCGAAGAUGAGAGUAAUAAUGAAGA